GACAGGAAGACCUCGCCCCACCUCAUCCCUUCCUCCCACUCACUCACCCACCCAGUCGCUCACUCACAGACCUUCACUACACCUUCGCUCAGGCAUGGCUCGUCCCGCUGACUCCGGCCUCCCCUACAGCUUCCUGCUGCCCGGAGCGACACGCCACGUCCUCCUGCUCCUCCUCCUCCUCCUCCUCUCCGCCUUCACCCACACGUCCCACGCCUCCUUCACGCACCAGCCGCCUCUCGCCGCUCAGGAGGCCACGGAAACUGAGGUGCAGUCCCUUAACUCCACACUGAUGGCAAGGAUAGCGACGGGAUCGCAGGCGGAGGCGAGACUAGUGGCUCUGUUCCAGUAUCUCGUCUCGCAGUCCAACGCCACCGUGUAUUACUUGCUGUAUGACCCCUCCUUCCCAGGCUCGGCGGGGGCGGUAGCGGCUAGCAGUGACAACGGAGGAGGUUUAACUGUUUUCCGGUGUUCGUCCUCGUCAUCGUCGCUAGUGUCGUGGCUACAGGGCAUCCAGAAAGUCCUCACGCAAGGUUACAGCCCCGUCACCCACAGGAACGUGCUUGUCGCCUGCUCUGCCUCACGUACCUCAGAAAUUUUCACUCAGAUUCGCCAGGUGGGGCUUGAGUCGCCCUCCGUUCAUUGGUACGUGGUGCUGCAGGAGGAAGAGGCGACGCUCGACUUAUUCUCAGGCCUUCGAGAGGGAACGCAGGUGACGGUGGCUACGCGGGGCGGGGUGGACAGUUACCAGGUGCUGUCCUCUUACAUGGACAUGCGGGGCGAAAUCAGGUUUCAGGAGGCGGGUUGGUGGUCCUGGGACAGCAGAAGAGGCGGUACUGGCGGCGGUGGUGACGGCGGGGGCGGGAAGCAGAAAGUGGCACAGCCGUUGACUCGCUUGGCGUCGCAGCAGUACGGGAACAUGGGCGGCCGGCUGUUGCGGACUGUGGUGGUGGAGAACUCGCCCUACUUCAGGAUCAGGAAGUUCCCAGACGGCACGCUCCUCCCCGGCGAUGGCAUUGACGUCAACCUUCUUAACAUCCUCGCCGACAAACUCAACUUUACGUACCAGCUGGUGGAGGCGGAGGACGGGCAGUGGGGGGAAGUGAUGCCCAACGGGUGGGUGACGGGUAUGAUCGGGGUUGUGGCUCGGCGCGAGGCAGACAUGGCUGUCAAUGAGAUCACCGUCACAGGGAAGAGGGAAGGCGUGGUGGACUUCUCAACGCCAUACUUCGUGGAGGGCACCAUCCUCGUGUCUCCCGCCCCAAAGGAAAAGAACCGUGCUUUCGCCGCCUUCUCUCCAUUUUCCGCACAGGUGUGGGGGACGAUCGUGGUGGUGACGCUGGUGAUGGGCCCCGUGGUGGCGGUGAUGGGGUGGCUGAGGCAGUGGGCCAUCGGCACCAGCGGCCUGCCCACACUGUCCCUCAACACGCUCUCCUUCACCGCCUUCCGCUCCCUCGUGGUGCAGGGAAACCUCCUCGGCCCCAACUACGUCCCGAUGAGGGUUGUCUUCUUUUUCUGGUACCUGUUCUGCUUCAUUAUUUACGCCAUGUACGCUGGGACGCUGACCGCCGUGCUCGCCUUGCCCGCCUUCACCAAACCUAUCGAGACACUCACAGACCUGCUGGAGGCGGCGCGGAGCGGCGACCUCUUCCCUGCUGUGGUGGAGGGUACUUCCAACGCCUUCCUCUUUAAAGACGCGGAGGGCGGCAUCUACAAGGAGGUUUGGGAAGUGUUCGACCCAGCCACCGGGUACGCCAAGAACUACGACGGCGGAGUGGACAAGGUGAUGAAUGGCCCCUUCGUCUUCGUCAACGCCAGGCUGGGCUCGGAGGUGCGGGCCGCGGCGAGGGGCGUCCAGAAAUUCUACAUCUCCAAAGAGUCGUUCUACCCGCAGAGUUACGCCGUGGCCUUUCCGACCGGCUCGCCCAUCAGGGUCGUCAUCAACCCCAUCCUGACGAGCAUCACCGCCUCGGGAGUGAUUGGGAAGUGGAUGAAGGAAGAGGUGCUCAAGGUAACCAAGUCUGUGGAAGAGGAGAAAAACUAUGCCAUCACCUUAGUCCACCUACAGGCCGCCUUCUUCAUCCUCCUGCUGGGGUUCCUGCUGGCCAGUGCAGCGUUCAUAGCGGAGAAGAUAUAUCACCGCUGCGCUCUCUAUGGACUAGCUAUGGGUAUGGACGGGGCAGCGCUUAACUUCCUACGGCAUAACAGUAUCGGAGGGUCAGGUUCCUUGGCGUCGCGUGAGAGGAUCAUGUGGGACAGUGUGAUGAAUGGCCGGGCCUGCUCCUCCACCCCCGCCUCCUCCCCCACCCUGCUUCCCCGCCACCAGUAA